ACUGUACCUUAUUCUACUACCCAAAAACUGGGAAGUAAAACCCAGGUGACAGUUGUAUUGAGGAUAUGUCGCCUACAUGUGUAUGUGUCAUUAUAUACAUAGUAUACACACACUGAUAUACCAACGGAUGGUCGUUGGGGUUGGAGAGAGACCGAAUUUGUUGCACAUUUAAGGUGCAUUUCAUUUCUCCUCACAUCUCCUUCACCACUUCCUAUUUUAUUUUGAAAGGCGAGGCGAUUCUGGGACACAAUAUCUCUUUCUUAAGAAACGCCAUUUUAUAGGGUUUCAAGCGAAGGCAAUAGAAGAUGGCAGAUACUGAGGAUAUUCAACCUCUCGUCUGUGAUAAUGGAACUGGAAUGGUCAAGGCUGGGUUUGCUGGAGAUGAUGCUCCAAGGGCUGUGUUCCCUAGCAUAGUUGGCCGUCCACGUCAUACUGGCGUUAUGGUUGGCAUGGGGCAGAAAGAUGCAUAUGUUGGAGAUGAAGCCCAGUCCAAGCGUGGUAUUUUAACUUUGAAAUACCCAAUUGAGCAUGGUAUUGUUAGUAACUGGGAUGAUAUGGAGAAGAUCUGGCAUCAUACCUUCUACAACGAACUUCGUGUGGCUCCAGAAGAGCAUCCAAUUCUUCUUACCGAAGCUCCACUCAAUCCAAAGGCCAACCGGGAGAAGAUGACACAAAUUAUGUUUGAAACUUUCAACGCUCCUGCUAUGUAUGUUGCCAUACAGGCUGUGCUUUCCCUCUAUGCCAGUGGCCGUACAACUGGUAUUGUUCUGGACUCUGGAGAUGGUGUCAGCCACACAGUCCCCAUUUAUGAAGGUUAUGCUCUUCCACAUGCUAUCCUGCGUCUUGACCUUGCUGGGCGUGACCUCACUGAUGCUCUGAUGAAAAUUCUGACCGAGCGUGGUUACUCUUUCACCACUACUGCGGAACGUGAAAUUGUAAGGGACAUGAAGGAGAAGUUGUCAUACAUUGCCCUUGACUAUGAGCAGGAACUAGAAACUGCCAAGACAAGCUCUGCUGUGGAGAAGAGCUAUGAGCUACCAGAUGGACAGGUAAUCACCAUUGGUGCUGAGCGCUUCCGAUGCCCUGAAGUCCUUUUCCAGCCAUCUAUGAUCGGAAUGGAAGCUGCUGGUAUUCAUGAGACUACUUACAACUCUAUAAUGAAAUGUGAUGUCGAUAUUAGGAAGGAUCUCUAUGGAAACAUUGUACUAAGUGGUGGGUCCACUAUGUUCCCUGGUAUUGCCGACAGAAUGAGCAAGGAAAUAACCGCGUUAGCACCUAGCAGCAUGAAGAUUAAGGUGGUGGCACCACCCGAAAGGAAGUACAGUGUCUGGAUUGGAGGCUCCAUCUUGGCAUCUCUCAGUACUUUCCAGCAGAUGUGGAUAGCAAAGGCAGAAUACGAUGAGUCUGGUCCUUCAAUUGUUCACAGGAAAUGUUUCUGAUCGCUAGCGAGAAAAGCACAGAUGGACCGAGUACUGAUAUUGGUUUGGAAAAAAAAUGCUGCUUGCAUUCUUUUUCUUUGGUUCAACCUUCUUUACUUUCUCAUUAUUCUAAUAUCUGGACAAUGACCUUUAGAGGGCAGGCGAUUUGCUUGAAUGUUUCCAAUUUUGAAUGAAUGAAUAUUUUAAAAUUAUAA